AUGGCCCUUGUUAGGAAGAUUCGAGAUACAUGUGAAAAUAUUGAAGGACAUGCAAAGAUAACCCCAGAUUUUGAGCGUAUACCCUCCUAUAUACUACGAAAAGCAAAUCAAAAUUUGAGAACAAAUAAAUCUUGUCACCAUCCACAUUGCUGUCUUGGAAGCGACAACUCUGAUAUAUAUGCAUUCUGGUUGGACUGCAAUAUAGACUAUCCGCAUGAGGGGUACUAUCAGAUUGCACAACUCUUUGCGCUUAGG